AUGCCAAUACGGUGCAAUGCUUUCCCGCUUACCCCAAGAGGAUUCUCACAAUAUCGACAAUUACAUACCACAUUCAUCCGAUCUUCUCAACCAAUCAAUCAUGGCCAAAAUCAUCCAAGUAUACCACCUCCAUUAGCAGGAUUGCGGAUCGUUGAUUUGACUCGUGUAUUGGCUGGACCAUAUUGUACGAUGUUAUUGGCAGAUUUAGGAGCAGAUGUGAUCAAAGUGGAGAACCCGGUCUCAGGUGAUGAUACACGAAGUUGGUCACCUCCAAAUGCGCCUUUAUUACAAACGAAAGAUCUUUCAAAAGAGAUCUUACAAACACUUUCAGAGCGGAAGAAGAAGUAUUGGGACUCUCUACCGGCUGAAAGCGCAUACUUCUUGAGCGUAAACAGAAAUAAACGUAGUAUAACGGUCGAUUUGAAAAAGCCGGAAGGGAAAAAGAUCGUUGAAGAAUUGAUCAAAUCAGCAGAUGUUGUUGUGGAGAAUUAUCUUCCUGGGAAAUUGGCAAAGAUGGGAUUGGGGUAUGAAGAUGCAAAAAGGUUGAACCCAUCAAUCGUCUAUGCUUCAAUUACGGGAUAUGGACAAACGGGACCCUAUUCUAGUGCUGCUGGGUAUGAUGUGAUCAUUGCUGCUGAUGCAGGUAUGUUCCAUAUCACCGGAGAAGCAGAUCGACCACCGGUCAAGAUUGGAGUCGCAAUGACAGAUCUAACGACAGGUCUGUACGUUCAUGGAGCAAUCAUGGCAGCUUUACUCGGACGUGGAAAGACCGGUCAAGGCGUUCAUAUUGAUGCAAGUUUAUUCGAAUCUCAAAUUGCAUCUUUGGUAAACGUUGCUUCGAGUUAUCUCGUUGCAGGAAAAGAAGCAAAACGUUGGGGAACAGCACAUCCUUCGAUCGUACCUUAUCAAGUCUUUGCAACGCAGGAUAAUUUCUUGAUGGUAGGAGCGGGAAAUGAUGGACAAUUCCGCAAAUUGACAAAAGCACUUGGUGAACCUGCUCUUGCAGAUGAUGAGCGAUAUGCCACCAACGCACAAAGAGUUGCUAAUCGAGAUGAAUUGAUUGACAAGCUGAGUGCCUUGUUCUCACACAAAUCAACCAAGCAGUGGUGUGAUGAAAUCUCAAAGCUUGGAAUUCCAAUCGCACCAAUUCGAAACAUUCAAGAAACAUUUGAACAUCCUCAAGCUGUAGGAAGAGAUGUUGUCUGUGAAGUUGAUCAUCCUCGGGCCGGUAAGAUUAAAAUCAAUUCUCCUGCCGUUCGAUAUGGAGAAGGAAAGAUGCAGGUUUUGCGUCCACCACCGGUCUUAGGUCAACAUACCGAAGAGGUCUUGGGUGAAUUAGGAUACGACGAAAGCAAGAUUGAUCAGCUAAGAGAACAAGGCGCAAUCGGACAGUGA